AUGCUUGCAGGUGGAAAGUAUGGUAAAAGUGGUGUGCUGUUUGCAAACUUUAAUCAAGACUUUACUUGCAUAUCAGUAGGAACACCAGAAGGUUUUAAAAUAUUCAAUUCAGAGCCAUAUCAACUAUGUUAUAGUCAAUCAAAUGGAGGUGUUGGUCUGAUUGAAAUGUUAUUCUCUACAAGUUUGGUUGCAAUUGUUGGUUCAGGUGAAGGUGGAUCUUCACAACGUAGACUAUUAAUCAAUAAUAUAAAGACAAAUCUGACUAUUUGUGAUUUGAAUUUCGUUACUGCAAUCUUGGCUGUAAAAUUAAAUAGAAAAAGAUUAAUUGUAGUUAUGGAAACAAAAAUACAUAUUUAUGAUAUUAAUAAUAUGAAGUUAUUGGAAACAAGAGAUGUCGAUCCCAAUCCAAAAGGUUUAUGUGCAUUAUCACCUCAAACAACAAACUUUAUGGUUUAUCCUGCAUCUCAAAACAAAGGAAAUAUUUUAGUUAUGGACGUUCUAACUUUGGAAACAGUCAACCUCAUUCAAGCACACAAGGGACCAAUAUCCCAAUUGGUUCUAAAUCAAAAUGGUACAAUGUUAGCAACUGCAUCUGAAAAGGGUACAGUUAUUAGAGUAUAUUUAUUACCAAACGCAAAUAAAUCGAUUUCAUUCCGUCGUGGUACCUAUCCAGCGAUCAUUCAUUCUAUAACGUUUAGCAAUGACUCCAAGUAUCUCUGUGUGUGCAGUGACAAUGGAACCAUUCAUAUAUUUAAGAUUGAUUUUUCAGCAAAUGCCAAUACCAGUUCGCUGGGUGCCAUGAGCAGUUAUUUGCCAGGUGUCAUUAGUCAGGUGUGGGAACCAUCGAGAGAUUUCGCACACAUCAAGAUACAGGCUGGCAUUCCAAGCAUCUGCGCACUCAGUCAGGAUAACAAGACCGCUUUGGUAUUGAUGGGUGACGGAUUGUACCUACAAUAUCAAUUCGAUGAGCAAGUAGGUGGUGAACUAAAACUAAGUCAAGAAUACUCUCUCUUGAGAGAACCACAACUAGAUGAAGAGAAAACAACUUUAUUCUUACAUCAACAACCAACAAACAAACAGAAUAUAAACAACAACAAUAACAAUAAUAAUAGCAAUAGUAAUAGCAAUAACAACUCACCGACAACCACAACAAACAAAGAAGCACAAUUAAAUAAUAUAAAUUCACAAAAUAUUAAUAAUAAUAAUAAUAGCAUACAACAAACUACAAACGGGACAAACUAA